CGUCGGCUCCCCACCCCCUUCCACGUCAGCGGAGGGCUCUGUGGGUUCGCCGCUGCUGUUGCGGGUUGGACCUGGCGUACGCGGUUCCGCCGUCGCCCCAGCUGCUGCCCCUCGGCGUCAGGUUUUUUUUUGGCAUCUGUUACCUUUAAAUUUUGUAUUGAGAGUUGGCUAUAACCGGAAACCAUGACGGCUGCUGAGAACGUAUGCUAUACGUUAAUUAACGUGCCAAUGGAUUCAGAACCACCAUCUGAAAUUAGCUUAAAAAAUGAUCUAGAAAAAGGAGAUGUGAAGUCAAAGACUGAAGCUUUGAAGAAAGUAAUCAUUAUGAUUCUAAAUGGUGAAAAGCUUCCUGGACUUCUGAUGACCAUCAUUCGCUUUGUGCUACCUCUUCAGGAUCACACCAUCAAAAAGUUGCUUCUGGUGUUUUGGGAAAUUGUUCCUAAAACAACUCCAGACGGGAGACUUUUACAUGAAAUGAUCCUUGUAUGUGAUGCAUACAGAAAGGAUCUUCAACAUCCUAAUGAAUUUAUUCGAGGAUCUACUCUUCGUUUUCUUUGCAAGCUGAAAGAAGCAGAAUUGCUGGAACCUUUAAUGCCAGCUAUCCGUGCUUGUUUGGAGCAUCGACACAGCUAUGUUAGAAGAAAUGCUGUUUUGGCCAUCUAUACUAUCUAUAGAAAUUUUGAACAUCUUAUACCUGAUGCUCCUGAACUGAUACAUGAUUUUCUGGUGAAUGAGAAGGAUGCAAGUUGCAAAAGAAAUGCAUUUAUGAUGCUAAUUCAUGCAGAUCAGGAUCGAGCUUUGGAUUACCUAAGUACUUGUAUUGAUCAAGUUCAGACAUUUGGAGACAUUCUUCAGUUGGUUAUUGUUGAACUAAUUUAUAAGGUGUGUCAUGCUAAUCCAUCAGAAAGGGCUCGUUUCAUCCGGUGCAUCUAUAACUUACUACAGUCAUCUAGUCCUGCUGUAAAAUAUGAAGCUGCUGGAACAUUAGUGACACUCUCUAGUGCACCUACUGCAAUCAAGGCUGCUGCUCAGUGUUACAUUGAUUUAAUUAUUAAGGAGAGUGACAACAAUGUAAAGCUCAUAGUUCUGGAUCGAUUGAUAGAAUUGAAAGAACAUCCUGCUCAUGAACGAGUACUACAGGAUCUGGUUAUGGACAUUCUAAGAGUAUUGAGCACACCAGACUUAGAAGUACGCAAGAAAACCCUGCAGUUAGCACUGGAUCUUGUCUCCUCUAGGAAUGUCGAAGAGCUGGUUAUUGUCCUUAAGAAGGAAGUGAUUAAAACAAAUAAUGUGUCAGAACAUGAAGAUACUGACAAAUACAGACAACUACUUGUGCGAACAUUGCAUUCCUGUUCUGUCCGAUUUCCAGAUAUGGCUGCCAAUGUUAUUCCUGUGUUAAUGGAAUUUCUCAGUGACAGUAAUGAAGCAGCAGCUGCUGAUGUCUUGGAGUUUGUUCGUGAAGCCAUUCAGCGCUUUGAUAACCUGAGAAUGCUUAUUGUUGAGAAGAUGCUUGAAGUCUUUCAUGCUAUCAAAUCUGUCAAGAUUUACCGAGGAGCAUUAUGGAUCCUGGGAGAAUACUGUAGUACCAAGGAAGACAUUCAGAGUGUAAUGACUGAGGUCCGCAGAUCCCUUGGGGAGAUCCCAAUUGUAGAGUCAGAAAUUAAAAAAGAAGCUGGUGAAUUAAAACCGGAAGAAGAAAUAACUGUGGGGCCAGUUCAGAAAUUGGUAACUGAAAUGGGCACCUAUGCAACUCAAAGUGCCCUUAGCAGUUCUAGACCCACCAAGAAAGAGGAAGAAAGACCUCCCCUGAGAGGAUUCCUUCUGGAUGGAGAUUUCUUUGUUGCUGCCUCCCUUGCUACAACUCUGACCAAGAUUGCCUUGCGCUAUGUAGCUUUGGUUCAGGAGAAGAAAAAGCAAAAUUCUUUUGUUGCUGAGGCAAUGUUGCUCAUGGCCACUAUCCUGCAUUUGGGAAAAUCUUCUCUUCCUAAGAAGCCAAUUACAGAUGAUGAUGUAGAUCGAAUUUCCCUGUGCCUCAAGGUCUUAUCUGAAUGUUCACCUUUAAUGAAUGACAUUUUCAAUAAGGAAUGCAGACAGUCCCUUUCUCACAUGUUAUCUGCUAAACUUGAAGAAGAGAAAUUAUCCCAAAAGAAAGAAUCUGAAAAGCGGAAUGUGACAGUACAGCCUGAUGAUCCCAUUUCCUUCAUGCAACUAACUGCUAAGAAUGAAAUGAACUGCAAGGAAGAUCAGUUUCAGCUGAGUUUGCUGGCAGCAAUGGGAAACACACAGAGGAAAGAGGCAGCAGAUCCCCUAGCAUCUAAGCUUAACAAGGUCACCCAGUUGACAGGUUUCUCAGACCCUGUAUAUGCAGAAGCUUAUGUUCAUGUCAACCAGUAUGAUAUCGUCCUGGACGUACUUGUUGUGAACCAAACCAGUGAUACCUUGCAGAACUGCACAUUAGAGUUAGCUACUCUGGGGGACCUGAAACUUGUGGAAAAGCCAUCUCCUUUGACUCUUGCUCCUCAUGAUUUUGCAAAUAUUAAAGCUAAUGUCAAAGUAGCAUCAACAGAAAAUGGAAUAAUUUUUGGCAAUAUAGUUUAUGAUGUCUCCGGAGCAGCAAGUGACAGAAAUUGUGUUGUCCUCAGUGAUAUUCACAUUGACAUCAUGGACUAUAUCCAGCCUGCAACUUGCACUGAUGCUGAAUUCCGUCAGAUGUGGGCCGAAUUUGAAUGGGAAAACAAAGUGACAGUUAACACAAACAUAGUUGAUUUAAAUGACUAUUUACAGCACAUAUUAAAGUCAACGAACAUGAAAUGCCUCACUCCAGAGAAGGCACUUUCUGGUUACUGUGGCUUUAUGGCAGCCAACCUCUAUGCUCGUUCUAUAUUUGGAGAAGAUGCACUUGCAAAUGUCAGCAUUGAGAAGCCGAUUCAACAGGGACCAGAGGCCCCUGUUACUGGCCACAUAAGAAUUCGUGCAAAGAGUCAGGGAAUGGCCUUAAGUCUUGGAGAUAAAAUCAACUUGUCUCAGAAGAAAACUAGUAUAUAAGAAUAAACAAAAAAGUCCUUGCAGCUUUACAGUUAAAAUUUAGGUAUGGGCUUACUGGAUUCCAACAUAUUUUGUACCCUUUUGUGCUUUAUGUUAUAUAGAAUCUAAGUUCAUGCUGAAUGCAUUCCAGCCAGUAAUUUAUAGCCUUUCCUUUAAAUCAAGAUUGAUUUUAAAAUUAUAGUUUGUCUUUUGUCUUAACAGUUCUGAAUGCUGUCCUCAAAGUAUAUAAUGUUUCUCACAUGUAUCAAGACCAUUUUCACAGUACAAUAGAAAGAUCUAUUCCUAAAUCUUUUGUUAUUUUAUAAAUAAAUGUGUAAUUACAUAAUUUUAGUUAUGUAAAGUGGAUUUCUUAUAGUUAGGUUAUAGAUUUCUAUUAUAAAUUUAAAUUGCUGUUUGAGUUGUGAGUAUAUGAACUUUAUUAAGACUUUACAAAUGCAGUGAUAUGAAAUGAGAUAGGCCUUGAUUUACUUGAUUGAUUUUUACUAAUUUAAUAUUCUGACAUCAAUAUCUAUAAGAAUGCCUUAUCAUGUUCUAAAAGGCUUUCCUCUGGAAUUUAGGUCCGGGAAGAAAGUAUCAAAUACCUUGAAAAAACAGGUUCAUCUUCAUUUUAAGAGUAUUAUGAACCCUGACUAAAAUAAACAUACUAUUAAUUAUCCUGAAUCAUAGUGAAAAGUAGAUAAUCCAAAAUAGAUUUUUUUUUAAUCAUUCACGUUUAGUUUUGGGUAUUCUUUUAUGUUUGUUAGGAAUUAAAUUGAUUUCAGCCAGUUACUGGAGUUGCUCUGGGAGGAUUCAACUCCAGAGGAUUCAAAGAGCUGUCCUGUUUCCAUGUUUACUCUAUACCUCAGUCAUUCCUCCCGUUUUCCUCACUUUACACUAGGGCUGGGCACCAUGACCUCCCAGUAUGAUUCCAAAUGCCUUUCUGAGCUGAGUUCUCUACUGUCAGAUUGUGCUGUUCUUUUGGCCCUUGCUUUCUUAGGGGAUGAUUGAGCUAGUCUGCUCUUUUAGCUAAAUCUGAACACUAAACUAUUAUACUUUGUCUGCCAGCUAGGAUUCAGGCUGCAUUCAGGAUGAGUCCAUAGAUAAGAUCUGUGAAGGAGUGAAAGCAGCAUCUCCUAUUUCAGCACUUAAGUAAGAAUGGAAUGAUUUGUUUGGAGUGUGAAGGAGAUUGGUACCUCAUAUGAUAUCAGAAACUUUAAAGCCACUUGCUUUUUUAAAAAAUCAGAAAGAACCAGAGGAUUAUAGGGCAUUUGAGAUUCCAGAGCACUGAGAUCUCAAAGCAAAGUCAGUGGCUACCAAAUGGUAAAGAUACUAGGAAUGCCAGAAAGGGAUUGGUUUGAUGCAGAGUCAAGGGUUGGGGAUUUGUGAUGACAGCAGAGGAACUGAUGCAGUUUUGAUUUAGAUCGUUUCCCAAGUUCUGUUCCACUGAACAGAGCUUCCUUGAUGUGAUUAGAUAUAUGAGAGAAAAGGGAUUCCAUAGUUAAGUAAGUUUGGGAAAAGCUUUACACUAUCCUGUACUGGGGAUUCACUGUGCACAUUAGCCCUCUAAAAAUUUUGAGAAGUCCUUCAGUAAAGAGAGCAUAUUAGUUUAGUUUAACCCAGCAUAUCUUAAUCUUACAUAACCAGGGAAUCCUUUUUCCAUAGAGCACCUAUUGACAAUAUAUGGGACAGGAAAAGCAACUUAACACAUUAAAGAUUUUGGUUUUGUAUUCACAAUCAAUCAUUAUUGCAUUUUAAAUCUCAAGGAUAUAUGCCUCUGUAUGUCCUAAAAUAUAUCUCUGUUGAUACGCUUAGAAAAUUGUCUGUUUAACAUCCUGGCCAUUUUUGUUAGGAUCAAAAUUGGCUCACAUUGCUGUUUUCUUAAAUUCAUAAAUAAGGAGAACAAAGAGAAAAAAGUUAAAACAGUUGUCAGAUAUCUAUAUUACAUUAAGAUAUUUACUUUAUUAGCAUUUUAUUAGCUUUGUGCAGUUACUAAAUGUAAACUGAGUUGGGAUAGCAGCACUGUUUACAAAAGCUGUUUAUACUAUGCUGUCUUAACUGGGCUCUAAAAUAUAUUUUAUAUGCUCACAUUACAAAAUAUCAUAUAAUUAGGACAUGAUGUCAAGUAAGAGAAUAAACAUAGUAUCUGGCACCACGUAAGGGCUUUAUAAAUGUAUUGAAUGAAAAAAUGUGUAAAUCUCAAGAGAAAAUUAAAUGGCCCUUAUAUUUUGCUGUCUUGACACUAGAGGGAGCUGUAUGCAGUUACUUUCAUUUUGGGAUUAGAAGUGAUUGGAAUUUAGAGUUUUUAUAAGAAGAAAAAACUAUAAUUUUUUAUUAGCAAGGAGAUUGAUGUUAGUGAUAUUUUGCUAGCUGUGAGAAACUUUUCCACAUGAUUUAUAAGUAAUAUAGGAGAUGAAGGAAUUCAUUUCAGGAUAUCUAAAAAGACAAGAAAAGCAAAAUAUUUUUUAAAAUUCAAAUAUUAUCAAGUGUGAAAUAUCUGUGUUAUAUAUGGGAUAAAAUAAGUGGUUCUGCUGGUAACCUUUUCCUUCCACAUUGGUAAAUUUCCUUAGUCAGCUAAUUAUUUAUAGCCUUUCCCUUAAACCACAAUUGGGUUUAAAAUUAUAGUUUGUCUUUUGUCCUAACAGUUCUGAAUGCUGUGCUCAAAGUAGGGUCACGCAUAUCAGCUCCCUGCCGUACUGCCCUUUCCAGACUCUCAGUGUUAUCUGUCCCCCUCCCUGAGCUCUACUCUACCCCCAGGAAUCUCAGGAGCCUAAAGAGGUAACCAGGUAUAGUGCAGAAGUUCAGUUUAGAAUCAGAAAAGUGUAGAAUCCUGUCCAAACUUACUUGCUGUGUGAUCUCAGACAGUGGUAAAAAGCUGAUUUAUUGAGUGCUUACAUGUGCCAGGCAUAACACUGAGUGCUUUUUCCAUGGCAUAUAAUCCUCCCCAUGACUCUUAUCAGGCAAAUACUAUUAAUAUCAUCAUUUACAGAUGAUGGUUACAGUCAUAAGAGAGGGUAUUACUUUUUAUCAAUUAAAGCUUAAUAUUAAAAGUUGAACUCAGAUAUAAAGCCAGGGUUUCAUAUCCAGCACGAAAGCCUUGCAAUUAGUCAUACAUUGACACCACUGCCUCAUCUCUGUGCCUCAGUGUCCUUAUUUGCGAGGUGUUUAUAAUGUCUACUUCAUAGAAUUGAUGUGAGGGAUGAAAUGAUAUAAUGUAUUUAUGAUUAAUGUUUGGCACAUAGUAGAUGCUAAUCAGUAAGUAAGCAUUCUUUCCCCAUUCACCUUCCUUACACUGCAGAGAAGACGGAAGCCUAUUCUCCACAUUAUCUUCAUACCUCCCUCAGAAUUUAGGUCCUAGUUUUAUACUCUAUUUGAAUGCUUUGUUUUUUUUGUUUGUUUGUUUGUUUGUUUGUGGCACACGGGCUUAGUUGCUCUGCGGCAUGUGGGAUCUUCCUGGAGCUGGGAUCAAACCCAUGACCUCUGCAUUGGAAGGCAGAUUCUUAACCACUGCGCCACCUAGGAAGCCCGAAUGCUUUGUUUUUAACACCAGAGACUUACUUAAAAGAAGCUUCAUUUAUCAAGAAUUCUUUAUGACAGUAUUUAUUUUAUCAUGUCAGUUUUUUAACUAACUUUAGCACUUUUGCUUAUUAACUGUUGUAAUUACAGCUAAAUGUAACUGUCACAACCUCCUAUGAUGGGUGGUCUGUGGUGAACAUACUGGUGGUGUUUGCUUUCAGGAUGACGAACAAAUGACUGAUCCUUUAACAACCGAGUACAGAAAUAUGUGCAGCCAAAUUAUAGUAACAAUACUUAGAGUUGCUCACGUAGAUCAAAAGUCACUUCUAGUGACUGACCACUUUUUCUUUAUUUUCUCAAUCUAGCAUGGCAGAAUCUCUUUGAUUAAGAAGUUAGUUAUGCAGUGACGAAAGAAGGCAAGUGGGAUUAGUGCCUUUUUAUCUGGGUUCUGUAUAUAAUUGUGGGUUUCUGAGAAAACUACUCUAUGUAUUUUUUAUUAAUUGUAAAACCAGCAAGAUAUACAAAUGAAAUGCAGCAUAGUGGGCUAAAACAGCCCUGAAUGAGAUUCUUCCUGAAUCAAAUCUCAGUUCUCUGAGCUUUCUGAAAAUAGAUGUUACUGUCUGGGUCUAUCUCCUUAUCUGUGUAAUGAAGUAAUAAAGUUAACUGACUUCAGGGUUUCUAGUUUAAAAAAUUCAUACUAAAAAACCUUGUGUUUUUACGUAUACCUCUUCAACAAACUAUAAAUCAGCUGGGAAAUCUCCACUUGGCUAUUACCCACAGACACCUUAAAAUCAACAUUAUGAAGUGGAACUUAUCUCACCCCUCAAACUUGUUCUCUGUCUGGCUAGUUAUGCUAGAAACCCAAUAGUCACCCUUAACUCUACAGUCAACCCUUCUAUCUCAUCAGAUACCCAAGCCCAGUGUUCUCCCUUCCUCAGGAUUUUUGUAAUAUUUUUUUCCCACUCCUACUACCAUUGCUCUGAUUUAGACUUUUGUCAUUUUUAUUGUGGUUUAUUACAGUGGCCUAACCAUAAACUUUACAUAUGAUUCUAAAUUUAAAGCCUACGCUUUAAUCCUGACCACACACAGUAGUAGCUAUAUGAUUCCUUGACCUGGUCAGACCUUUCCCUGGUAACACCAUUUUGAGAAACGUAACUAAAAAAAAGAAAAAAUAAGUCCCCAAAAUUUAAUAAUAUUAUAAAUGACAACUAAAAAUGAUUGAAACACCCCAAAAUGGGUAUUUGUAAGCAAAUGGUAAGUAUAUAUGAUGUGUACCAGAGUACCCAAUAGAUAGUAGAUAUUUAUCGAGUGACCAAAUAAAGGAAGAAUGUAGCUAUAGAGAGAACAGAGUGUGGACCUGGGCCUGUGAAAUGUUAGGUGAGUGGGGGAGGGAUAAAUUAGGACUUUGGGAUUAACAUAUACACACGACUAUAUAUAAAACAGAUAACCAACAGGGAUCUACCAUACAGCACAGGGAACUGUACUCAAUAUUUUGUAAUAAGCUAUAAGGGAAGAGAAUCUGAAAAAAAAUUCAUGCAUAUUCAUAUAUAAGUGUAUAACUGAAUCACUGUGCUAUACACCUGAAACUAACACAAUAUUGUAAAUCAACUAUACUUCAAUUAAAAAAACAACUAAUGUUAGAUGAGAAAAAAAGACACCACUCUGUAAGAAUGUCUCCUGCAUUAAGAUGAAUCAGGGACUUCCUAGGUGGCGCAGCAGUAAAGAAUCUGCCUGCCAAUGCAGGGGACAUGGGUUCGAGCCCUGCCCUGGGAAGAUUCCACAUGCCAUGGAGCAACUAAGCCCGUGCGCCUUAAAAAAAAAAAAAAAAAAGGAAGAUGAAUCAGGAUAUGUUAUAGAUAUACUGCCUGUCUGUCUCUUCAGGUGAAUAAAAAAUACAAAUAUCACAUCAGUCAUAGCACUAAUACAUCUUGAAAAUAAAUGUUGUUUACUGCCUCGGCUCACUGGAUGUGGCUAAGAUAGUUCAUUAGCUAGAGUCCCUGAGUCUAGCUCUUGUGAUUUUUAGAUCUGAAAUCUUGUUGUCUUGCGCCCACCCAGAGAGCUAGCAUCUCCUUGUAAGUAAUACUGCAUUCUCCUUUAAAGAAGGUGGGGACUGAAUCUUACCGCAUAGGACUUCUCCAGUCAGAAUGUGGGGAAAAUGCUAUGUGGCUCAAGCAGUCUGUCCAGGAAAAUUUCUGAACUCUACUAAGCUAUGCAAACAGUUUCUUAAAGCCCAACAACAUAAAAAAGUGAAUUUAAUUAGUCGUAAUAAAAAUGUUCUCUUUCUAUGAAGUUGUUUAAGGUCACACUUUUUUUGUUUAAUGACCCUGUGCUUUGAGUAGAAGUAUGACUGUUACUUAUGCUUUGAGUAAAGGUAUGACUGUUAAGAGUGUGGUUUUCAAACUUUCUCUGCUAGUACACUAGGAUUCCACAUGCUGGACCAAAGUGUUCCCACAGCUAAAAUCAGAUAAUGGUGGUCUUUUUUCUCAGGUUCAAGAAAAUUUGGUAGCAUUAUGGGAAUAUUGGGCUAGCUGAAUGUUCUUGGUCUAAUAGCUUGUCUUUGUGACCAUAUGUGCUCCUGGUGGUUUUAUAUUUUCUGUUAGUAACUUGUUCCUUGUUCGUCAAAUACAUGUGUCACUAUCAUGGUGGCAACAAAGGACAACUUGAUUCCUAGGUGCUCCACCACUGGCCUAGGUGUCUCUGUGAAAUGUAAUUUAUAAAAUCCAGAUGUUCUUAUGUAAUUCAUACAGAUUGUAUACUCACAGGCACUAUUUAAUGAAAAUAAGCCUUGGUAAUGGAAGUAUAAAUCCAAGUUCAGGUAGUCCCAGGCUUAUGCCUUCACUGUAAAGAACUCUGGAAAAGCCAUGGAAGAGUGUGCCCUGGUUUGGGGCAGCUUACACCCUGUAAGUUUUUCCCCUUAUUCCCUAACCUACGGUACAAGGCAGGGACUUUCUAGGACCCCUGGGUUCUGACUGAUAAUACCUGCUAUAUGUCUAGUGCUAUGCGUUGUCCUGAAGUUACUGAGGGUAAGAUAAAAUUUGGUGUGUAUUUUAAGGACACAUAAACACCCAAUCAGAGGACUGUUUAAUAAGUCUUAUAACGUAAAAAUGUAACAGCUGCUAUGAGAGUACAGAAAACUGGUGACUCAGAAUAAAGUCAAAAAAGUUUUCACUAAGAGGUGACAUUUGAACUAAGCCUUGGAAAGUAUAAAUUUGCCUGCUGAUUGUCGGAUAAGAGAUGGGAAGAAAGGAUGGGAAAGCCAUUCCAGCCACAGAACAAUUGGAUAAGUCACAGAAGUGCAUAGCACAGAGAGGUGGAUUCUACUUAACAUAGGGUGUGUUGGGGGCAGAUGGUGAGACUGGAGGUGGACAAGGGUCAGGUCAUGAAGGCUAGGCUGAAGCAUUUGAACGUCAUCUUGCAGAGAAUGAAGUGCUAAGGGUUUUAAGAAAGGCAAGUGAAACGAUCAGAUUUUCAUUUAGAAAAAACCUCUGGCUACAGUUUGGAGAAUAGAUUGGGGUUGUGGGAGACCAGUUAGGAGCCUGUCAUAGGAGUCAAAUCAAAAAUUAUUUUGACAGAAUGAGAUGUGGAGGGUGGGCCAGCAUGGGGGCAGGUAGAAGCCUUUAAAAAAAAAAAGGUUUGCCUAAGGGCAAAUCCUGCUCCAUAGGGCAGGUUGGGUUACCAAAUCUGCUUUUCCUCAUAUGUAAAAUGGGAAUGAUUAUCCUUAUCCUUCCCAUCUGAAAGGGUUACUGAAAGUACGAUGAAGUAUAAUAUGUAGAGGCAUGUACAGAUGAGUGAUGGAGUGGUCAUUAAUAGUGUUCCCAUUGUUAUCUUCACCCACAGCACAUAUACCAUGGGGCUGAGUGAUACGAAAUUGCCUCUUUUAUGCACUUAAAAAAAAUCAAAUAAUAACAAUAUCAUUUGAUUCAACCUAAUAGUGUGUGGGUUACUUAGUUUUUCCUGUUACUUCCUGCCUCCUUUUAGGCCGUAUUAUUACCCUCUCUCUCUGUCUCUCUUUUUUUUUUUUAGAUGAGCAAUACAUUUAUUUCAUCAAGGGGAUUUCCAGGAAUGCUAGGGAGGCAAGUGUGGUAGAAAGUGUGCCGGCUUUGGAGUUAAGUAAACCUGGAAUCAGAUUUUCCUCUGUAGUUUAUUAACUGUGAUCUUGGGCAAGUCAAUCUGCUUCAGCCUAAUUUUUUUUCAUCUAGAAAUGGAAAUAAAUAAUGCCAGCCUUACAGGGUUAUUAAAUGAGAAAAUUCGUGCCUUGUUAGUAUGUGGCAUGUAAAAGGUGUCAAAAGUCUCAACUCUUCCCUACACACCCCCUCCUCAUUUGUCCUACUUGUUCACAGAGGGUGUGGUAUAGAACACUAGCUACCUGCUUCCUUGUAUCCCAGUAAAGCUGAGUUACAGCUGUACACCAGGAAUUUUGGUGUGUGUGAAAAUUUUUCAGUUGUCGUAACUUCAGGCCAAAACCUUUCAAAUAAAGUGACCAUUUAAACUAUCAAACAUCAUUCCAUGGAAUUGGUUUAGUGCACAAUUUGUGUCAAAUUUUUCCGGAAUGCCACAAGCCUCAUCACUUUUCACAUCAUUCAGGAAGUUACUCAUUUAGCCCAGACUUCCAAUAAACUCAUACAUACAGACUGUGUCAUAUUCCCCUGGAAGUGUCAUCACCUUUUUUUUCCUUUUAAUAUAACUACUUUUUUGC